UAAACUAAACAAAAACUUAAAACACUUGAAUUUGCAGACACAAAGAGAGAGAGAGAGGGGGUUUCAAGUGUUUGAUCUUUAGUAUUAUUAGAACUAUUGAUUCGUUUCUUUUCUUGUUCUAAAUUUGUUUAUUUCCCUCUCUCUCUCUCUCAAAGCGAUUUGGUCAAAUUAACAAAGCUUGCUCUUGGUUAGGGUAUAUCAAUUGAAGAUGAUAUUUUUCAGGGUUUUCUUUUUCUUUCAUUCCUAGCUGUUUCUAUGAUCUUUUCAACCUUGUCGUCAAUGUAAGUUGUCAUCUCUUCUCUGUUCCUUUUUUUGUUUGGUUUCCUCUCUUUUCUUCAUCAUAUUCUUCUAAAAUCUGUGGUCUUCUUUAAAAAAUGUUGCUUUGAAUUGUAUAUACUCAAGCGUAUAGACUCAUUUGCGCUAUUGACGUUCAAUUACGUUUUCCUUUUUUAAAUUUCUAUUUAUUCUUCAUAUGAAUGUGUACACUUUGAGCUGUUUCGAGUUAGGGAAAAUUUUCCGUUCCUGAGAAAAUUUAGGGUUAGGGUUAAGGUAUUGUAGAUAUGAUCAAAAACAUAUUGGGUAAAUUACCUAGGAAGCCCUCAAAAUCAUCGAACAAUGACUCGAACAGUGAGCCUUUAAAUUCAUCUCAAGUGUCCAAUUCAAUAAAUUUGAAGUCGGGUUCUCGCAUGAUCAAUGGGACUGUCCCCACAACUACUAAAUUGAAUCAGGGGAAGAAGUCAGUUCCAACUGGGACUCAAGGGGGGUCUGGUGUUUAUGAGGCUUUGCCGAGUUUUAGGGAUGUUUCAAUUGUGGAAAAGCAGAAUCUGUUCAGUAGGAAGUUGAAUAUGUGUUGUGUUGUAUUCAAUUUUAGUGACCCCACAAAGAAUCUCAGAGAGAAGGACAUAAAGAGGCAGACUUUGCUUGAGCUUCUCGAAUACAUGUCAUCUGUAACAUCAAAGUUCAAUGAGAUCGCAAUGCAAGAGAUUACAAAGAUGGUAGCUGUUAAUUUGUUUAGAGUGUUUCCCUCUUCGAGUCGUGAUAAUAAGGGUUUGGAUAUGUAUGACCUAGAAGAGGAGGAGCCUACUAUGGAGCCAGCAUGGCCUCACCUGCAGAUUGUUUAUGAAAUCCUGCUUAGAUUUGUUGCAUCGCAAGAGACUGAUUCCAAGCUUGCUAAAAGAUAUAUUGACCAUUCAUUUGUGUUGAGACUCUUAGAUUUGUUUGACUCUGAGGACCUAAGAGAGAGGGAGUAUUUGAAGACAAUUCUUCAUCGGAUUUAUGGCAAGUUCAUGGUGCAUCGGCCAUUUAUCAGGAAAGCUAUCAACAAUAUCUUCUAUCAAUUUAUUUUUGAGACAGAAAAGCAUAAUGGGAUUGCAGAGUUGCUUGAGAUUUUGGGAAGUAUUAUUAAUGGGUUUGCUUUACCUUUGAAGGAAGAGCACAAGCUUUUCCUUGUCCGUGCUUUGAUUCCACUUCAUAAACCCAAGUGUGUAACAAUGUACCACCAACAACUUUCCUAUUGUAUUAUACAGUUUGUGGAGAAAGACUUUAAGCUGGCUGAUACUGUCAUUCGUGGUCUUUUGAAGUAUUGGCCCCUAACUAAUAGUUCCAAGGAGGUUAUGUUCCUCAGUGAGUUGGAAGAAGUUCUAGAAGCUACUCAAGCUGCAGAAUUUCAACGUUGCAUGGUUCCCCUCUUCCGCCAAAUUGGUCGCUGCCUCAACAGCUCUCAUUUUCAGGUAUCAGAACGUGCAUUGUUUUUGUGGAACAAUGAUCAUAUAAGAAAUUUGGUCAACCUGAACCAUAAAGUGAUACUGCCAAUAAUCUAUCCAGCUUUGGAGAGAAACACACGAGGUCACUGGAAUCAAGCUGUUCAGAGUUUGACACUGAAUGUCAGGAAGAUAUUUUCCGAUGCUGAUCAAGCACUCUUUGACGAAUGUUUGGCCAGAUUCCAAGAGGAUGAGGUCAAGGAGAAAGAGAUACUGCAGAAGCGGGAGUCAACCUGGAAACGCUUGGAAGAUGUGGCUGCCUCCAAGGCUGUAAGUAAUGAGGCUGUGUUUGUCUCGAAGUUCUCAUCAGUUGCCAUUUCCACCAACACAAGUCCCCGGGCUACUGCCAAUGGUUUUGAGCUGCAUGCACAUUAGAAGAGUCCAUUCUGUGUAGCCAUGGUGGGCGGUGAAGGCAGUGAGCAAAUUAUUGCUAGGGCUCAUUUCUGCUGGGUCCUUAUUUUGUGACUCUGCUAGCUAAAUGUUUUAAGCCGAAGAUGGAGUGUGUGGAUACGGAGGGCACUUCAUCAUUUUGGGUUCCUGUAUUAUAAGGAUUUGGCUAUACUGGUAGUUAUUUUUGGAUUUCUUACCUGAUAUUUAUUUUGUGCAAUUAUGCAAAGAGAUUGGUCCUUUUUCCAAA